UAUCUCCUCAGGGCUGACCUAAGGCUGCCCAACGCGAUGCUCUUAUUGCCCUUUUCCUGGGAACCAUAAAGUUGGGCGCGGGGGGAGGCCGGGAGAGCGAGCGAGCGAGCGAGACGGCGCACGUGAGAGGACUUGGCCGGCUGGCGGCGAGAGUUGGCGGUGGGAAGCCGCCGCUGGGUGUCCUUUCCCGGGGAGUCGCCCUCCGCUCUGUCUCCCCACGCCCGGCCAGCCUCGCGCGCUUCCCUCGGGCUUCCUUUCGGGGAGGAAAACGGCGGAGAUCUGAUUACAAAGCGCCGAGGCCACCUUGGAGCAGCAGCCGCCGCCUCCUCCCGCCAGGCGCUGCUGCCGCAAGGUUUCUGAGAAAUGACUGAUUUCCUGCAUUCCCCGUCGCUGAUGGUAAAUUAACAGUUCUGGUGUGCAGAUAAUAAGUUGCCGCUGUGUGUUUGGUGCUCCAUGCACAUCUGAGGAAGUAAGUCUCUCUCUCUCAUAGAGAGAGAGGCUGUAAAAUGCACGUUAUGAAUUGUGUCUCUUUGGUCAAUGACAAAGAAAAUGGAGCUAUUUCAGUUGAAGCUGGAUUAAUGAUUGGAGAUACGACCGAACCAGAAGAACAACUGCCUCCAGCACCACCACCGCCACCACCUCUACCAUGUCCACCCGCAGAAGCUGGAUUUUCUUCACUAGAAGUGGUGCCACCUCCUCCACCCCCUCCACCUCUAGCACUGAGCAGACCUCCACUGCCACAGCUGGUAAAUGGGCAUGGCCACCAGAGCAAGAAAAAGAGACUACGUAGCUUCUUCUGGAAAACUAUACCUGAAGAACAAGUCCGUGGCAAAAACAAUAUCUGGACUAUUGGUGCUAAACAGAAUUAUCAGAUUGACACAAAGACAAUGGAGGAGUUCUUUGGCCAGCAAGAAGAGACGCCACCCCGAGGUUCCAAAACCAAAACUUUAAGGAGGUCCUUUAAAGAUACUAAACAAGAGAUUAAUAUUUUGGAUGCCAAAAGAAGUAUGAAUAUUGGCAUCUUCCUUAAGCAGUUUAAAAAAUCAGUUGAAUCCAUAAUUGAAGAUCUCCACUCAGGAAGAAGUGAUCUCUAUGGUUCUGAGAUACUACGUGAACUCAUCAAGUUAUUGCCAGAAACAGAAGAGGUAAAGAAAUUAAAGGAUUUCAAUGGAGACCUAUCAAAACUGUGUCAAGCAGAUUCUUUUAUGUACCUACUAAUCCAGGUGCCAAACUAUUCACUGCGACUUGAAGCCAUGGUGUUAAAAAAAGAAUUCUCUCCAUCUUGUACUUCUCUUCAGAAAGACAUGACAAUUAUAAGAAUGGCUACAAAGGAGCUAAUGUGCUGUGAAGAGUUACAUUCCAUAUUGCACUUGGUCCUUCAGGCUGGGAAUAUUAUGAAUGCAGGAGGAUAUGCUGGCAAUGCAGUUGGCUUUAAGCUAUCCUCAUUACUCAAGUUGGCAGAUACAAAAGCAAACAAGCCUGGGAUGAAUCUGCUUCAUUUUGUUGCUUUGGAAGCCCAAAAGAAGGAUAGAGGUCUUCUGGCCUUUUCAGACAAACUACAGCACGUUCAGGAGGCAGCCAGAAUAUCUCUUGAAAGUAUAGAAGCAGAGCUCCAUUCACUCUCAGUCAAAACAAAGUCUCUUAAGGAUAAUAUUCGGCGGGACUCUGAACUGUUUCACCAGAUGGAAGGCUUCCUCCAGUUUGCUGUAAAAGAGAUAAAAGAGCUGGAGCGCUGGAAACGGGAACUGCUGAAGGAAUCACACGCCCUUAUGGACUUCUUAUGCGAAGAUAAAGAAACCAUGAAACUGGAAGAGUGUUUUCAGAUAUUUAGGGAUUUUUGUCUUAGGUUCAGCAAAGCCGUUAAGGAAAACAAGGAAAGAGAGGCCCAAGAACUUCAACAGCAACAGCGAUUAAAGGAGUUGGAGCUAAAACGCCGAUCCUGGGUUGCCGGGGAUCUUGGAGCUUUUGGCAGGAGCAGCAGUGAAAAUGAUGUUGGGAUGUUGACAAAGAGAGGACUUGAAGAAUUUCUGCCCUUCUUGCAGCAGAGACCGCAAAGUCCUUCUUACAGAAAUGUCAGCACCAGGCGUUCCCGGCAUUCCCUGGGAGUCACUGCAGACAGAGAGCUGUUGAGUUUCCUGGAGACCUCAAAGGGUGAGGAUCCAAACAAGUCCAACAGCCUUCCUCGUGAGCAUGCAGGUCAAGCAAGACCCAGCGUGGCCUGGACUGAAUCUAGAGAGCCUGGAGAUCUUGGUUUAACCAACUUGCACUUGCACCAGGCACCGGAAGAAGGCGUGGAGUGCAGCUACUUCCAGUUGCCCCCAUCUCAUUCUGAUCACAUGGUAAGCCUCGAGGACGAUAGCACUGCCCAUGCUAAUCUCUACAGCGACCAAGAGAGUGCUGACAAUGACAAGUAUAGAUUCGAUGUGCCUUGUACGAAAGCCACAGAUGCAGCCCCCUGGGACUUGUCCCUUGAAGAAGAUGAACAUGUUCCAGGGCUGCUGAAGCUUGACCCCCAUGAACCAGAUGAUGUGGAGGACCUAUCUGCAGUUCAUUUUGAGGCUGAUGUGAGAGGUUUGGAGACUCUGGGUGACUCAAGCUUAUACACUCCUGGCAUAGUAGCUCCUCCUGUACCAGCCUUCAGAAAAUCAAAAGCUGACCAUGCAGCCAAAGUAGCAGGUCAUGCCCCUGAAGCUCUGGAACCAGGCAGUGAUAGCCCCACAUCCUCAGAUGGUAGUGUUUCAGGAAAUAAGGCACAUGGACCAAUGUUCUGUGUAUCUGAGACUUCUGACUGUUCUUUGAUGUUUGAUCUGCCAGAAGGAAAUGAUCCAAGGCUCGGGGGCAACAACCAAGUGAACAGCAAAGACGGUGCUAUUGCCCCUUUUAGGAAUGAUCUUCAGGCUGGUGGUGAUGCCGUUUUGGGCCUGAACUCGCUUUCUGCUGAUAAGAAUGACUCCGGCAGCAAGUCAGGUCUCCCAAAGGAAAAACCUGUGAGAAGCAAAGAUGCAGCGGGGCCAAAGAGAAAUUCUCUGAAAGAUAAAUCUUCAAGUGCUGCAAAACCCAGCAGUGGUCCUCUCAACCCCCCCAGACCGUCAGUCAGAACGCUGAAUUCUUCGGAGAAUGCAAGUAUGAGAAAAGUAGUGCCCAUUUCCAGAUCAACUAAAGCAGCACCCCCGAGCUGUACCAAAAAGCCAGAUCCUAAGCCAGCACCCAGAGACACCGGUGCACCUGAAGCACGACUCACGCGUCGCAACUCCAUCCGGGGCAACUCUGCAGAGGCAUCGCCAAAACCUCAGUACAGGCAGAGCACAUCUGUAGAGGAGCCGAAAUUCCAGAGGGGGACGGCAGCUUCAAGUAGCGGCCAUUUUGAGAGAGAGCCGCUCCAGCACAAGGGCUCUUUCAAAAAGCCAAGCUCCAAACCAGUCAGGUAUGUCCCCAAGUCGAAGAAUGACGAGACAAAGAUGUGCCGCUCUUUGACCAAACCCCCAUCCCCUACCGAAGCCAGCAAAAGCACAACGGCCCCUGUCCCCAAGACACCAGCUCCAGUUCCGAGCUUUGCAAGGAAUACAGUGGCCUCUUCCUCAAAAUGCACCAAGGUGGAUUUGCCAGUCCCUUCCAAAGCUCCAGCCCUCACAAGGUCUCUGUCUCAGAGGCUUCCUAGGAUGAAGAUGACAACAGCCUCUGACGAUUCUUAUCCAAGGGAAAGUGGUGGAGGCACGCUCAAGCGAGCAAAUAGUGCUAGGUUUAUCAAAAGGAACACUGACAAUGGUGACCUUCUAAGUGUUAAAGCGGAGCCCGUGCUAAAGGAACAAAUGAUAAUGGAAAAGUCAACAUCCUUCAAAUGUAAAGAUGGAAAUCAGACUACAAUAGGGAAACUGCUGAAUCACUUUUGAAAAUAAAGGGUGUGUGUAGUGUUUGGCAAUACAGAAUGUGAAAACCAGCUCUUUUAAACACUGCAUUUUCCUGCUGUGUGAAAUAACCCCAAAUGUUAACGUAUUAAUAAUACCAAAUGCAAACUAAAGGUACAUUGUGUGGAUCCUGCUGUAUGUCUGAACUGAAUGUAUUGACCAUUACUGUGAUGGAAUUGCUGUAACAAAGUUCCUUUGCUUUUGGGAGAUAGUACCUCUACAUGAAUUUUACACGCUAAAGGAAUGCAUCUGUUUAAUGAAAAGGAAAGGAAAACAGAGCUAGGGAUUAUGGCCAGUUGUAUGAACACUGCUUUUCUGAAAAUGCCGUCCUGAAUUCUUUUUUGGGGAAGUAUGGAAAGCAGAUGUGGAUCGCUUUAAUUCAUUGGGUCCAAGAAAAAAAAGUGUCUGUUGCUGGGUCCAUUGCUGGCAAUUGGACACAAAGAACCUCUGGCCUAUGAUAGGAUCAAACAGGAUAUUGCUGUGUUGUGGGGGGGGGAGCGUUGGUUGUAAUAUCAUCUGAGGGAUUUGCAGCAUGUCUUAAAUUGUAUGUGUGUCUGUAGGAAGGAGGGGAAACUCUGCUGGGCAGAAGGUUUAUUCUCCAAGAGUGUGGCAAAACUGCCUUGCAUGUACAAAUAGAAUAGUCAAUGGAAUGACUGGUGCUGGAAUUAGUAGGAUUAGCCUGAAGGUUGUGACUUUCAGAAACCACAAGUAGUAGCUGGGGGGAAAUGGCUACAGGUGACUUGCCUUGUGUCAGUUAACAUGCAAACUUGCCAGCUUUUGGCAUAUACAAAAGUGCCAUAUUUAUAUUACACAUCACAGAUACUACGAGGGCUACAACCUCUAGCGGAGCACUUUUCCUGCCAAUUCUCAUUCCCAUUCAUUUUUAACUACUGUCGGGUGACUUUAAAAUGCUGCUAUGGCUCUUAUGGGGAAGAGCCUUUGAUUUCCCUGCUGCCUAUUUUCUUUUAUCAAAAUGACCAGCUGGCCCAAAACAUGCAGGUUCCUUCUUUGCGUGACAAAAAGCUCCAGCCCACCCCCCAAUUUUUGGUAAAUUAAGCUUAUUUUGCUCAGGAUGCAGAUUUUAACACUACUUUUUAAACUUCACUUUUUGAUAAGCUUUGUUUUUAUAUAUAAAAAAGACUCUAGUUCACUGCAAAAAAAAUGACAUCAGGUCAGACUAAGAUACAGAGAAUGAGGAAAAACUUGUCACUACGAGUUCUGCCUUCCCUUUGGUCCCUUUCCAGAUACAUAUAUGUAGGUGGGGAAACUGGCUGUUGCUGCUCAGCCUAUGUAAUUAAAUAGUUGCUAUCCAAGUUAUCUAUGAAAACCCUUUUUAUUAAAAAUACCCAUGCAAUGGAAAUAGUUGGACAGAUGACUUUGAGCUGGUCAUCCCUCCCCAUUAGCCCUCCCCACUUUUUCUUCCUUCCUUCACCUAAUACAAAGUGUAAUCAGUCACAACAAGACACUUGCACUGAUGUGACAAUUGAAUCUUGAGGGUUGAGUCCCUCCAUUGAUGGGAAAAUCUUUGAUCUAGCAGAUGCUUCCACUAGCAGAAGGAAGACCAUUCUCUCUUCCUUCUGCAGCCCCCUGUCCGAUUCCCAUCUGCUCAAGGGAGUGGGGGAACUUCAGGAGUGAUGUGGUAGAUGUCUGCAGGAGAAAGGAGAGAUUUGCUAAAAUAAACUCCCUACAGUUCAGUUCAUGGAGCCUCCGUUGGCUCAGACUCUUUCGUCAGCAGAGAGGCACCAUGCUGAACUUGACUCAACCAACCAAUUCUACCAUUUCAGUUCAUGGCCUUACAUUUUUAUUUUUAUUUCUUUGUCCCAUUAUAGAAAUAGUUUUCAGGAACUCCUCAGAAAGUAUGCCAGAAUGUCACCAAGUGUGCUACUGGGCCCUCUCAAACAAGACACCAUCUCAGUGUGAAUGUUGACUUGGGCUCCCUCUUUAUAGUAAAGGUGCUUGGAAGGAAUCCUUGUUGUUGGUUUUAUAAGCUUCUUGGGUACUCCUCCCUCCAUGGUUUGAAUGCAGUAAUCUGUCCAUUUGGCGCUACCUGUAUCUUUUUGUGUGCUCAUCUGCAAAAGCAGGUGUUGGAUUUUUUUUAUUACCUUUUGAUGGUAGUAAGCUUGAAAAGAGAAAAUAAUUUAAAUGUUACAUGUUCGGAAACUGUAAGUAAAUUUCUAUAUAAGAAGUAUCUGUAAAAAUGAACUGGAUGUAUUUAAUGGACCAUUUAUACAUUUCUGAGUUUAUCUUGCUAGUUUAAUAAAGUUCCCAUUUAUGGGGGUUUGUGCUA